UAUUCGCUGCUUUCCUUCCAGAUACCAGGGAGGCCUGACUGAGGCAACAGCUUUUUGUCCUCCCCGGAAUGUCCCGCGGAAAUGACUCCAUCUCUUCUCUGGCAACACCGACACAUCUGUGCGUCACCGCUGUGUCUCAACUAGAGGCGGCUGAGAGGCGAACUCACAGCCCCGGAGCCCGACGGAAGUCCUGCCCCGCUUGUCCGACCUCUGACACCAGGCGCCCAUCUCCGGGCGGAAAUGCAGCUGUGGGCCAGUGUGCGCAUGCGCAUAAGGUGGGCGCCGGCGUUCUUGUUUCAGGAAUAAACGUGUUUCUGAUCUUGUGAAUUUCAACCAUGUUGUCCAACGGCUUACAAAAAUUUCUAAAAGCCGCAGGCUCUCCUCCACACCCAGCGUCAUGCUGUUGGUUAAUAAGCAAACGCCAGUCUUCUGGAGCUCUGCCAGCAGCCACGUUGCGUAGGCGAGUUGUCAUCACAGGCAUCGGGCUGGUGACCCCACUUGGUGUUGGCACUCAGCUAGUUUGGGAUCGGCUUCUCCGAGGAGAGAGUGGGAUUGUUUCUGUAGUUGGUGACGAGUACAAGAGUAUUCCUUGCAGUGUGGCUGCUUAUGUGCCAAGAGGUACUGAGGAAGGUCAGUUCAAUGAACAAAACUUUGUGUCCAAAUCGGACACCAAGUCCAUGUCAUCUCCCACCAUCAUGGCCAUCGGGGCAGCAGAGUUGGCCCUGAAAGACUCCGGCUGGCAUCCGAAGUUAGAAGCAGAUCAGGUGGCUACUGGUGUUGCCAUUGGCAUGGGCAUGGUUCCUCUUGAAGUUGUUUCCGAAACGGCUUUGAUGUUUCAGACCAAAGGUUAUAAUAAAGUCAGCCCGUUCUUUGUCCCUAAGAUUCUGAUCAAUAUGGCUGCUGGACAGGUCAGCAUUCGCUAUAAACUCAAAGGCCCCAAUCACGCGGUGUCCACAGCCUGCACAACAGGAGCACAUGCGGUGGGAGACUCCUUCAGAUUUAUAGCCCACGGUGAUGCAGAUGUGAUGGUGGCUGGGGGCACAGAUGCUUGUAUUAGUCCAUUAUCUCUUGCUGGGUUUUCUAGAGCCCGGGCUCUGAGCACAAAUCCGGAUCCCAAGCUGGCUUGCCGACCGUUUCAUCCAGAGAGAGAUGGUUUUGUCAUGGGUGAGGGCGCUGCUGUGCUGGUGCUAGAAGAACAUGCGCAUGCUCUUCAGAGAGGUGCCCGGAUCUAUGCAGAAGUUCUGGGCUAUGGACUCUCAGGGGAUGCUAGUCACAUAACAGCCCCUGAUUCUGAAGGAGAAGGUGCCUUCAGAUGCAUGGCUGCUGCUGUAAAAAAUGCAGGCGUAUUGCCUGAACAGAUAUCCUAUGUCAACGCACACGCCACCUCCACACCACUGGGUGAUGCUGCUGAAAACAGAGCCAUCAAGAGACUCUUUAGAGAUCACGCUGGUGCCCUUGCCAUAUCCUCCACAAAGGGAGCCACUGGGCAUCUGCUGGGGGCUGCAGGGGCAGCUGAGGCAGCUUUUACCGCACUGGCUUGUUACCAUCAAAAACUACCACCAACUUUAAACCUGCAUUGUACAGAGCCAGAAUUUGAUCUCAAUUACGUUCCUCUGGAGGCUCAGGAAUGGAAACCCAAGGGUCGGCGAAUUGGACUCACCAAUUCCUUUGGGUUUGGUGGUACUAACGCAACACUUUGUAUCGCUGGCAUGUAAACAGUGGCUUUUAAUUGUCAUAAAUGUAUAAAUGAUAUGUACAUACAUGUUUAAUAUCAAUGAUCAUAUGUCUUUAACACAAUUGUUUGUAGUAGGGUAGUUUUUGCUAGGGAAGGGGCUGUCCAGUGCCUUGUGGAUACUUACAGCAACUUGACAUCUCCUGUGAGAUUUCUGUGGCAACUAGCGACAGCCAGAUUUGUCUCUAGACAUUGCCUUAUGUUUUCUGGGGGACAAAAUAGCCUGUAUACAUGAACUGUUGAUUUGUAUUUUCCUAAUGCUCUGAAUCAAAUAACUUUUGGUGCUA